UUGCGCGCGAAAUCGGUAUGACGGAUUUGCGGUUAUUCUUCUAUUGUAUGCGGUUCGGCAACUCGUCGGUUCGCGCGAGUGGAGGGUCUCGAAUGGCGGUCACGUAUAAUCGCCGGGAGUGCAAUGCUAACAAGUAGUCCAGCUGACUGUGACAAAAUGAUAGGGUACUCGCGUCCUACGGGAGGUAAUACAUUUUUAUACACAUAAAUUAAACGCCUCCGGUAACGGAGUACGAUGAGUACUGAUAACCAUGACCAAACGGAGCCCUGCGUCAGCAAACCAUCCGUGAGAAUCGAAUUUAAUGCCGACGAGAAAGCAUUUGACGGCAGGCGAAUCAAAAAGGAACGAAAUGACGUUACUGUUGAGAAUGGUGAUGGCAGCAUCAACAUUUGCAUUAGCGAUAACAACAAGCAAGUGCAGUCGAGCCAGCGCCCGGCUGCCGGUAGACUUUCGAACGGCUUCCACGACGGUGACCCACUUCAAAACAUCAUCGCGGCCAAGUUCACGGCCCUGACAAACCAUGCCACGACUGCCAAACACGAAAAAAUUCGGUUUAUGCUUGAAGACAGUAUCGGCGAAGAAUCGAAAACUCGCAUUCAGAAUAUCUUUUCACAAAUUGAACAACUCAAAGUAGAAGAAAAAUUAUUACUGUACCUGAAACUUCCAUUAUCAUUGACCAAUACUGGGGGAACUAUUGAUCCUUUGAGACAACCGUUAAAUCCAUUAGGAAAUCGCUAUGAAAUUCACCAAACAAUCAUGUGGAUUAAGACACAUUUAGAGGAAGAUCCCGAUGUCUCUUUACCAAAGCAAGAAGUUUAUGAUGAAUACAAUAUGUACUGCAUGCGAAAUUCUAUGAAGCCCUUAUCGACUGCUGAUUUUGGAAAAGUAAUGAAGCAAGUGUAUCCUCGAGUUCGACCACGUAGACUAGGCACACGAGGCAAUUCGCGUUACUGUUAUGCUGGAAUGCGCAAAAGAGUUAAACUGGAUUCUCCAACAUUGCCUAAUAUAACUGGAACUCAAACUGGCGAUGAUUUAGAUGAGAACAUUACAGAAGAAAUGUUGGGAGCUACAUCUACAUUAAUCAGAGAAUGGGCAGAAAAUUUGUUGGGCUUGAAAUUUCCAUCUCUGAGUGCCUUAGCACGUCAUCUUGUUGAUAAUCUUUGCGUUGACACACGAUCUUUGGCUGCUGUAUGUAUAUUAUGUGCUUCAGGAGAUUCUAAUACAUCAACAAAUAAAGAAUCCUCUAUGGAUUUACAUGAAACUCCUUUGACUACAAAACCUGGAAAACUUCGAGAAGCACAGUUACAGUUGCAACGGAAAUUACAGCAGCGAGAGCAAAUAAGACAUCAAAAACAUGAUCAUUUCGAUGCUGUUAUCCAGAAUCAGAACAAAGAGAAGACUGUUGAUAAUAAAUGUGGCGGAAAUAAAGGUAAUAAGAAAAUCAAGUCCACCCAGUCAUCUCAAGGUACAAAUAUAUCGGGUGGACAUAACACAUCAACCAAGUUCAAUUUAUCUGCCGUAGUAACUAAUCGGCAGAGAAGGGUUCUUAAAACUAAUAGUCAGCCAUGUAACAUCUCCCUGGAAUCCAACUGUGAUAAUGUAGUGGUACAAUCAAUUGAAGACAUACAGAAUAAUAGCAACUCUAGUGUAGUGAUGACCAACUGCGUAAAUACACAGCGAGAUGUCAAACCCAAAAAUUCCAGAAAGCGUGCCAAUCCAAUUAUACUGAGUCAACCGUCAGAUACCAGCCCUGAGAAACAAACGAAACUUACAGAACAGCAAACGCAGCAGAAUGUAGAGCAUUCCAAUAUGUUGUUGCCUAAGCUUACAUCUAUACGACAUCAGGAUGAAAAAAUAUCGGUGAUACUUGCUGGUAAUCUAAAGCCUACCAAGUGUAAUGUCAGUGAGGUUGUUAGUAACCAGCCUAUUAAAAACUGUGAUAUUGAACUGUCAGCAUGUUCGAAAAGUGGUGUUAAAGUGAAUGGUCGCCCUAACAGUUUCGAUCCUAGUUCAAACACAAUCGAGGAAUCUACAGGUUUAACUAAAGAUCAGAUUCGAUUAUUGCAAGAAAAUUCCAAUCUCCUAAGUAAAACUGAAAAACUUCGUUCUGUUAACUCAGACACUUUGGAUGAUUAUUUAAACGGAGGUAACAAUUCACAAGAGCAAGAGGAGGAAUUACUACAGUAUUUUCAACAAAGUAGCUCGUCGAGUUCAGAUGUGGAAGCUAAUACUUUAACUACUGAUGAACAAAUAUCAAGAUCUGAUAAAGUUUCACAACUCAGACUAAUAUUACAACAGAAUUUGAAAUCUGGAAUUGUGCAUGCACCUCUGGAUGCACUGCCUUCUGCUAUUAUCAGGCAAAACGUUGAAAAACGUGAAAAUACGCAGAAACACAAUUUAAUACUACCAACAUUGCUAAAUCAUUCGAAUCAAAGUAAUACUAGGCGGAGAGUGAGUUUUGAAACAAACGUUGUGGAACAUGUACAAGAUUCAAAUGUCAUUAUGAACACAGUUCCGCAAAGUCCAAAUACACGUCGUAGAAUAUUCAAUUUUACACCAAUAUCACCAGGUCCACAUUCACCCAUUAAUGGUCGAACAUCCAAAUCGAAUUCCGCAAACGCUAGUCCAUUUGUUUCGCCGCGAAAUACGCCCGUACCACGUUCGAGAAGUAAUUUACAAGCAAGUAGUUCCAGGGCACGCGCUCAUAAAUCUUUAUCACGUUCAGUAUCUUGCAGCAUGCCUUAUACUAGUAAAAAUGACACUUUCGUCGUUCCUACGAGUGGUCCAGAAUUAGUUAGACAAACAUCUACGCCGCAAAUGCCAUUAAUUUCUACAAAAUCGUCAGAAGUACAGGUUGGCGGCAGCACAACGCAAAUUUCUGUUACAUCCAAGAGAGAAGGACAAGGAUCGCAAUGUGCCGCAUUCUUAUCUUCUGAUCUAGCACCACAAAAACAAUUGCUUAUAAACUAUCCGAGUCAAGAAAAUUUGCAAGAAAUUAAAAAUGUGUACCAAAAAUGUCAACCCGAUCAGGAAAUUAGUGAACUAUUUCAUGCCAAUAAACAAUUUACUAAUGAACUUUACAGAUCACAAUCAGUUCCGUUACAUAGAAUGGUUAAUCCUACAUUAAUGUCACCAAUUUCAACGCAACAUUGCUUAUCAACGUUUCAGAGUCAGAGUUUCAAUCCAUCUACAAAUAGCUCUAUAGCGCCUACACCAGUACCUAGUGAAUUUAAUGACUUUGGGUCAAUCGGUCCAUCAGAAGGAACUUCAACAUAUUUGCUUGACGACGUGGAUCCAAAUUUCAUGUCGGAUGACCAACAUUUCUUGAUGAGUGAUAAAGAAAUAACACCUGAAAACAUAACCAACAUAUUAAAUAUUUUGGACGAGGAAGGAGCACAGAGCUUACAAAUUCUACCAGAGCAAUCUGCCGAAGAAAGCUUAAUAGAAAAUAACGGAAUCGUGCUGGAUAGUUUACCGAAUUCAAACUUAAAUUUGUCGGAAGAAGAUGUAUUGGAUCCAUCGAAUGUACAUGAUAUUCCAGUAGAUGGAGCCUUGCAGAAAAUAAUACAAUCACGCUCGUAUCCUAAUACACCCUUACCUGUGCCAGUAUCAACAUAUACACCAUCUUACACAGAGGAUAGUAAUGGAUCAAGAUCAUAUCCCUCAACGCCGCUGCAUAUAGUCCCAUCGCAAGAAAUUUACCAAGAGGCCAACGAACCCAUGCUUUCCAGUCCUACCUUAAACUCUUUAAACUUACAUAACGAAACAGUGAACGAAUCUGCUUCCGGCAGUUUGUGUAGAAAUGUUGUGGAUCUGCUCGAAGCGAAUUUUCUUGGAGAAACAGAUACAGAAACAAAUGAUUUGGAUCCGCUUGGUAAUUUCGAUGGAUUACAAGAUGUUGAUUCAUUAACACCUUUGUUUAAUGAAGUGACAGAGCCUAAUCGUUGA